UUCAGUAACGGCACGGCCGGGAAGAUGAACGGCGCGUUGGAGCAUUCGGACCAGCCCGACCCAGACGCCAUCAAGAUGUUCGUGGGUCAGAUCCCUCGCUCCUGGUCAGAGAAGGAGCUGAAGGAGCUGUUUGAGCCCUACGGGGCCGUCUAUCAGAUCAACAUCCUCCGAGACCGCAGCCAGAACCCUCCACAGAGCAAAGGGUGCUGUUUUGUCACGUUUUACACACGGAAAGCUGCCCUUGAAGCCCAGAAUGCACUGCAUAACAUAAAGACCUUAACAGGGAUGCACCAUCCCAUUCAGAUGAAGCCUGCAGACAGUGAGAAAUCAAACGCGGUGGAGGACAGGAAGCUGUUCAUCGGCAUGGUGUCGAAGAAGUGCAAUGAGAACGACAUCCGAGUCAUGUUCUCUGCGUUCGGACAAAUCGAGGAGUGCCGGAUCCUGCGAGGGCCCGACGGACUCAGCAGAGGAUGUGCGUUUAUCACGUUUUCUACCAGGGCUAUGGCACAGAAUGCAAUCAAAGCCAUGCACCAGUCUCAGACUAUGGAGGGCUGCUCGUCUCCCAUUGUGGUGAAGUUUGCUGACACGCAGAAGGACAAGGAGCAGCGGCGCCUGCAGCAGCAGCUAGCUCAGCAGAUGCAGCAGCUCAACAACGCCACCACCUGGGGGAGUCUGACAGGGCUGGGCGGCCUCACCCCGCAGUAUCUGGCUUUGCUUCAGCAGGCCACCUCCUCCAGUAACCUUGGAGCCUUCAGUGGGAUCCAACAGAUGGCAGGUAUGAGUGCUCUGCAGUUGCAGAACCUGGCCGCUUUAGCAGCGGCAGCAGCGGCGGCCCAAAACUCAGCCAGCCCCAACGCAAACCCCCUGUCCUCCAACGCGGCCUCCCUCGGAGCGCUGGCCAGCCCAGUUGCGGGCAACACAGCCAACUCCUCGGGCAUGAACUCUCUGACCUCUCUGGGCACUCUGCAGGGCCUGGCUGGCGCCACCAUGGGUCUGAACAACAUUAAUGCACUAGCAGGUAGCGUCAACAUUGCACAAAUGCUCUCAGGUAUGGCGGCCCUGAACGGAGGCCUGGGCGGCGUGGGGCUGACCAACGGCACGGCGGGCACCAUGGACGCGCUCACACAGGCCUACUCAGGGAUCCAGCAGUAUGCAGCCGCAGCCCUGCCCACCCUCUACAGCCAGUCCCUGCUGCAGCAGCAAGGUGCCGCCGGCAGCCAGAAAGAGGGGCCUGAAGGUGCCAACCUGUUCAUCUACCACCUGCCCCAGGAGUUUGGGGACCAGGACAUCCUGCAGAUGUUCAUGCCUUUUGGAAACGUGGUCUCUGCCAAAGUCUUCAUUGACAAACAGACAAACCUGAGCAAGUGCUUCGGGUUCGUCAGCUAUGACAAUCCCGUGUCGGCGCAGGCAGCCAUCCAGGCCAUGAACGGCUUCCAGAUCGGCAUGAAGAGGCUGAAGGUGCAGCUCAAACGCUCCAAGAACGACAGCAAACCCUACUGA